AUGCAGGAAUUCUCGCGAGACCUUAUUCCACCGGACGAUUCUACGAUCGGUAAAGACAAUGGCAUAGGUGACCUUGCGAGACAAUGCAGUCAGUUAGCCAAGGAAAUUACAACUGUCCUGGAUAAGAUGAAAUCGAAAAACCCCGGCUCGAAGCGGGAAGACCUCAGGAGUUCAUUCAACGUCAUGAGAUAUGGUAAGAAAAAGGAAGAGCUCCAGGCACGACUGAGUCGGUGCAGGGAACAAUUGGAACUAUACUGGAGUUACGAGACAAGGAAGGAUCUGUCCGCAUUGCUUAGCAGCGCCGAGAACACCAGAAGUAAGAUGUUGCUGUUACAGAAACAAGUUGAGGACCUUCAGCGGAUGAACCAACGUUUCUCUACGGAAAGUCAAAAAUGGAUGGAAGGCCUCCUGGAUAUCUCAGCGGGGGGCUACGACAUAAUGCUCAGCAAAUAUUUGAUUUCCAGUCUGACAUUUGAGAGCAUGAAUACACGGCUCGACAAAGUGGCCCAAGCCCACGACGACACACUGCAGUGGAUUUUUAACGGCAAUUACGACGAUCGGAAUUGUGAUGGGUUCCAUAAAUCCUUCAACACAUGGCUUUCAGAUGGCGAUGGAAUCUUCCAUAUCUCUGGUAAACUAGGUUCGGGAAAAUCAACAUUGAUGAAGUUGCUAUACCGCGACGACCGCACCAAAAAGAGGUUGAUUCAAUGGGCCGAUGGCAGUGAGCUGAUAAUGGCGCAGUUUUUCUUCUGGAAUCCGGGUUCGCGACUUCAAAAGUCAAUGGAAGGACUCCUCCGCUCACUUCUCUACGAGGCUCUCAAAUCGGGCCCCAGUCUCGUUGCAGAAGUUCUUCCUCAGCAAUGGCACCAGAUCAAAUCGACGCCACUACAGGCGCAGAAAGGAACAUAUUUCUCCCUAGAUGAUCUCUUCACGGCUUUCGACCGCUUGGUUCGUGUCCGGCGACAAGAUUACCGAAUUUGUUUCUUCAUUGACGGACUCGACGAGUAUGACAACUCCGGCAAUGAAGAUUAUGCAGAUGUCGUUGAGCAGCUUUGUCAUUGGAGCCAAUCGCCCGAAGGAAAUGUUAAGUUCUGUGUGUCCAGCCGUGAAUACAGCGUCUUUAUGAAUCAUUUCCCAGAGCACCAACGAAUAUGCAUGCAGGAUCUAACUCGAGUCGAUAUAAAACAAUUUAUUCUGGAUAAAAUGGAACCCUUUGCACACUGCCAUGGAUUGAAGUACCUGGUAGGCAUGAUUGAAGAGAAAGCCAAUGGUGUCUUUCUCUGGGUUUCUUUGGUCAUGCGACGUCUGCGCGAUUUGAAUGAAAGAGGAGAAGCCACGAGGGUGAGAUUAGAAAUCGAGAUUGACAACCUCCCAGAGAGAUUGGAAGACCUCUUCAAACACCUUCUUGGGUCAAUCCAUCCCGCAGAUCGAAACCGGGUUCACCAGACCUUUGCCAUUGUGCAGAAACUGAAAGAACAUGACCUUCUGCAUUUCCGGCUAAUUUGGUACUACUUAAUAGACGACAUCCUGUCAGACUUACCGGAUGAAAGGCUACCUUCGCUAUUCGCAAGAUGGUUUAAUAUUUCGAAGCGUAAUCGGCUAAUGCAAGCGAGAAAAAUGCUCAUGGAUAGCUCCAAGGGCUUUGUGGAAGCAACAUGGCAUGGGCAAUGGGAUUCACAUGGCCGGGAUAAAGGUAAAGAAGAAAACUGGAUCAUCUCGUUCACUCAUCGGUCUGUCCCAGACUUCCUUCAAUCCUACCGAUCACAGGAGCAGGAGAAACAUCUCAAGGACUUCUGUCUGGAGAAUGCUAUCUCCAGGAUAUUUCUGCUCGCUAUACGGGAGGGCGAUAUGCGUCUCUCUGGUUGUGACCACGUGCCUGAAAUAGUAUCCUACGUCAUGGAAGCCAGGCAAAGAGCCAACAUCAGCAAGCAGCCUUUCUUUUACGAGGAGCAACUGGAAUCCGUCCUUGCCAGACACGGGUUUACAGAUCUUACGGGAGGCCGAGUCGCUUGUCCUGUGCCUCCGGGAUACGACAAUGUUGAGGUUAUUGCGAUUCUUAUUCCACACUGCAGUUCAACUGAGUCGGUAUUCAAUCCUCUGCACACCGCAGCAUUCAUUGGAAAUUACGCAUACCUUAGAUGGAAAGUGAAAAGAGACCCCUCUUGCAUAAAAGUCCCUUUGAAUAUUGCUAUCAUAACCUACUGUCAUUACCGCAAUCUUCUGCAAGGAACAACAAGGGAUUCCAUUUUUGGGGAUGAUGGUCUAUCAUACCACGCUCUGACUGUACAGAGCAGCAUAUCUCCCCCACUCUUGAAAGGUUUAUCGGUAUCGAACAGGUGUGAAGAGCUUGCUCUCUGGCAGCAUUUGGCUCUUGGUCUUAUGGUAGGCUUCCAAUAUGAAUCACAUGACCCUUGCUCAAGUGGUGUGGGCCUAUUCUGGUAG